GGGGGACCCAUCGAGUCCAAUACUUUCGUUUCGCUUUCGCCUCCCAAGUACUCCAUCAUUUAGCACCUCGACAAGCAUGAGACCUCUUCAAAUGCCCUACAUGUUCGAGGAUCGAACAGGCAACGUAGCUGGCUCAGAUUAUGAUGACAUCUACGACCGCAUGUUUCUCCGAGUCGUACCUCAUCCACAUCCUGCUGCUGCAAACGACAACGUUUUGGCUAUCUACAGCAUGGCGCGCCGUUCAACUCGGCACGGAGACACGCGACAUCUAGAAAGGCGGCCUUCAGUGAUACUUGAGUUUGCAGAGGGCGCUGCAGGAGGACUAGGAAAUAUUAACUUUUUCUAUCCUCCUGCGCCCAGCAUGACAAUACCGAUGAACAGAUACCUACGAAAGACGGCCUUUUUCGGAGGAUCUCUCUCCAGAAAAUUCCGGGCGAGUGAUGGUCGGGAAUACAGAUGGGAGCACCAAAGCGCAGACGGUCACGAAUGGUCGUGCAUUUCAGAAGAAAAUUACCUAGUCGCUCAUUAUGAUCUUCGUCAACCACACAUGCCAGCCUAUAGCGUCUCCGGAAACACUCUGACCGUUCACGAAUCAUUUUCUCAUCUUUGUAUAGACAUCAUGGCUUCGCUCCUCAUCAUGCGCUACAUUGCUGAGCACGAUUUGUAGAUACCCAAACCCUAGCGCAUUUCAUAUCUCAAAAUCGCCCACCAACCGGGGCGAGCUUCGCAGACAUGCUAACUACUCCACAUACUGUAACAUAGAUCGGACCUUGGAUUGGAAUUUGGAUAAUUACGGACCAACAGUGUCUUACUGUCGGUGUACACCCAGUAAUCAGGCAGGAAAAUCACCGCACCCUUUCCCUCACUUAUUUCCCUUGCAAUGGGGAAAGACAGAAACAGGAUUUUAUGGCCACUCUUCCCCUGACAUUUCCGUCCUCUUCGCGUUCAAUUGUUCCUUUUUCAUUUACUUACUUCGCAUCCCUAAAAUAAACACCGAGGCUCGUAACACCUAAAACUAGU